CGGCUGCUUAUAAAUCAUCCGCUUUAAAGUGCCCGAUUUACGGCCAAACCCCCCGCCAGGCACAACCCGCGACCCGAGGGGAAGCGGUCGCGCCCCUUUUCGGCGGGACCAGCGAAAGGGUCACCCGUCCCUUCCCGGACCCCGUGGGCUGCACCCCUCUUCUGCCGUGCCCCCAUCCCCACCGGGUCCCGCUUCGCAAGCGGGGCCUUCUGCUGCGCACCGAGAAGCGGGGACUAAAAAUAGUCCAGAGCAGAUAGGCUCUUUGCUGGCACAAACCCCGGGAGGAGAGGAGCAAAUAGGGGGGCUCAGCCCAGGUGCCCACAAAAGCUGGGACCCACCCGGCCCGGUGGGUGAGGGCUUCUCCUGCACCAGCAGAUGUUUUCUGUACGCCUCCACCCAUCUCGGGGCGGUGAUUUGGCAGCUGAUAAUGUGGAUAUUAGAAAAAAGCAGCGUUUUGGUUGCAUGAUAGUGAAUAUUAAAUAAGGAACGGGUGAUGUGUGGUCUCCAGGGUCCUGUUGCAACAGAGGGUUUAAUUAUUCUUUGGGGUUCUGGAGGGUUCAGCCAUCCUGGCUUGCCCUGCGCGGGGGCAUCCUUCUUCCAAGGGGCACGUGCGUGGGGUUUGUUAUAUCCUGAUCGGCGAUGAAAGCUCAGGCCUGGAGCACAGCCUGUCCUUCAGCUGGGGCUCGUGCUGCCAGGAUGGGGAAACUGAGUCACGCAAUAGCGAGAGACCCACUGGAAAACUCCCGGCUGCAGAGGGAGGGUUGGGGACACGGGUGUUCCCUUCCUGUGACACCUCUCAGAUGGUCUGGCAGGACUCCUCAGGGCACUUGCUGUGAGAGAGAAGACUCCCUGUGAAAAGAACACCCGGGGCCGUGCUCGCUUCUGCUUUAUUACCCAGGCUUUGCUCGUAGCAAGGAUGCUCUGCCCACUGCUUGCCCUGGGAGUGCUGGUGCUCAGCCUGGCAGGUGCCAUGGAGAUCCAGGUCCCGGAUGAACCCGUGGUGGCUCUUUUUGGCCGAGAUGCCACCCUGCACUGUUCUUUCUCCCCCGAGGCCAACUUCAGCCUCAACGACCUGAGCCUCAUCUGGCAGCUGACAGACACCAAGCGCUUGGUCCACAGCUUCUCUGGUGGCCGGGACCAGCUGGCAGACCAGGGUGGGGGCUACGCCAACCGUACAGCCCUCUUCUACGACCAGCUGGCCCAGGGCAACGUGUCACUGCUUCUCCGACGUGUGGAGAUCUCAGAUGAGGGCAGCUUCACCUGCUUUGUCCGGGUCCGGGACUACAGCAGUGCAGCUGUGACAUUGCAGGUGGCAGCUCCCUACUCCAAGCCCAAUAUGAACCUGGAGCCCAACAAGGACUUGAAGCCAGGCGAUCUGGCAGCUGUGACUUGCCAUGCUUCCCACGGCUACCCUGAGGCCAGUGUCCUCUGGCAGGACAGCUGGGGCAGCAACAUCACAGAAAACGUUACCACAUCCCAGGUGGCCAACGAGGAAGGUCUCUUUGAUGUGCACAGCGUCCUCCAGGUGCUGGUGGAGCCCAGCAGCACUUACUCCUGCCUGGUGCGAAACCCAGUGCUGAAGCAGGAGACCCACGCUUCUGUCACCAUCACGGGCCAACACCUCGCCUUCCCUGCCGUGGCUCUCUGGGUGACAGUGGGACUCGCCAUCUGUGUCGUGGGGCUGCUAGCUGUCCUGGCAUAUGUGUGCCAAAAGAAAAUCCGCCAGAGCUGUGAGGAAGAGGAAGAAAAUGCAGGGACAGAGGAGCAGGAUGAGGAGGGGGAAGAACCCAAGACAGCUCUGCAGCCACUGAAGAGUGAGGAGAGCAGAGACGAUAAUGAGCAAGAAAUUGAUUGACGGGAGUUGGGAUACCCCCAAGCAGCACCCUGUGCCCUGGACCAGCCAAGAUGUCACCAGCGGGGACAAGCUCCGGGUCUCUGGGGAGGGCACAGACCUGCUACCACCCCUCUUUCCCGGGCCCCAUCACCCUCCUCCCUCCCUGGUGACAUCUUCGGGGCGCCCUGGGGCUGGAGAGAGUCUGCGUCUCUCUAUCCCUGGUGAGCCCUGAAGAUAGGUGCAUCCUUCCUGGAGACGGGGUGCAUGGGGCCAGGCUCCCCACUGUCCAUCUCUCUGUCCCCACGUGGGGCUGAGAACAGCUAGGGCUGACCGUUCCCCCCAGCACCCUCUAUGCCCGCUCCCACGUGGCUGCAACUGAGCCAUCCACCUGCCAGGUGCCUUCCAGGGCAAAUUUCAGUGCCCUUUCCAAGCCCAGAGGCCUUGAGAGGGGUGAUGGGCUCAGCGAGAUCCCUGGGAGUGACCAGUGGAGCCCUGGAGGCUCUGGGAAGAUGGAUGAGACCUGUGGGACCCCCAGGUAUGGGGGGGCAGAGCUGGUGCUCUUGGCCCCAAUGGAUGCACCGCUCCAGAGAUGUAUGGGCGCGAUUAUUUUUUCACGUUGCACCACUGUGGUUCCCACUGGACUUUUAUUUUUGCCUUAAAUGCAAACCCCCUUACGGGUGGUUAUCCCCUGCCUCAAAAAAAAAAACGGGGGAUUUUUUGAGAGGCUCUCGAAAGGCAGGACUUAGGGGGCUACCUGCUGGAUGGGUGGAGCCCCCCUGUCCUCCCUGAGGUGACAAAGCUGAUGCUUUGGGGGCUGAAGCACUGGUGGGGCUGAACCUGGCUGGUGUGUGGGGUCAAGCCCUCAUGUUUCCCAUGGGAUCAGGGACCUUUGCCCCUGUGCAUGUCCUGGGAGUCCUCCCCCUGCUGCUGGGUACCUGCAGUGUACGUGGGGGCACCCAAAGUGCUGUGGUGAACAAGGUGGUGUGUCCCUGGUCCCACUCGGGUGGGUGGAGAAGUCCCUGCCGUGCCCCUCAAUGGCUCUUCUGCUGGUUUUCAUUGUUAUUUAAAAUCCAGAAUCUGAAGGGGAUUUUUGUGCCUUGACAAAUAAAUUUGGGGGUUGUUUUGGACAA